AUGAAUGAAAAGAUAAUAAUUCGUGAUCCAUUAUUUAUAGUACCUAAUGAAAAUAAAAGUAAUGUACUAAAAUAUGAAGAAGAUAAUAAUUUUAAUAAUGAAAGAAAUGAUGCGACUAACUUGAUAAACCAUAUAAAUACACUAUUGCCUUAUAAAAGAAACAAUAAAUUAAAUAAUGAUACUAAUGAAGUAUCUUUAGAUUUAAAUGAAAAGGAAAAUAUGAAUUGUUUUUUAAAUAAAAAAAAACUUAAUUAUAAAAUAAAGAGUAAUGACAACAAUGUUAUACAGUCAUAUAGAAAGGGUGAAAUAAAUACUAGCUAUAAUAUAAUGGAUAAUAUGUAUGAUAUUUAUUAUACAAACAAAAGUAAUAAAAAUUUAAAUGAUUAUUUGAAACAUAUAAAUAUUAAUCACACAGCUCCAUGUGUAGGUGAAUUUAGAACAUGUAUGAAUUGUUUUUUAAAUAUUUCUACAUUAUUUUGUAAGACUUGUAAUAUUUUUUUAUGUGCCAUUUGUAAUAUAAAAUUACACAAAAAUAAUUCUAAUCAUGUCAUUAAUGUAGCUAGCAGUGGAUUGUAUGAAAACAAUAUUAAAUAUAAUGACAUAAUAUUACAAGAAAAAGAUAAAUGGUUAGUAGAAUUAGAUAAUAGUGUACCAAUAAAAAUUAAAGAAAGAUGUCCAAUACAUCCAAAUGAAUAUAUAAAAUAUGUUUGUAAAACUUGUAAAUAUACACUAUUAUGUGUGGAUUGUUUAUUACUUGAUUCUAUACAUGUUAAGCAUAAAGAUGAUGAAGAUGAUGGUGAUCAGGAAAAUGAUAAUACAAGUGAAAAUAUAAAUAAUAAUAUAAAUUCCAGUAGCUCUUUUACUAAAUUAAGUGAUAAUAGUAAAAAUUUAAAUUAUAAUAAUAAAUGUUCAAAUAACUGUAACUCCUCUACUAAUUCUAUUCUAAAAAAUAAUUAUAAUUUAAAUAACGAAAAACAAAAUGAUAAACAAAAAAUACAACUAAUAGUAAGUCUAAAUAAAUCUGAUAAUAAUGAUAUUACUGAAAAUGUAUGUAACAACGAUAUAUCAAAUUUAAAACCUGGAUUUAAAUUAAUUAGAGGAAAUCAUGAAAUUUUUACAUUAAUGGAUGCAAGAAAUGAAAUUAAAGAAGAAUUAAAUGAUAAAUUAGAAAUUUUAUGCAAAAAAUCUCUUGUAUUAAAAAAUACAUUGCCUUCAUUGAGUAAUAUCUAUAAAUAUGGAAAAAUUACAUGUAAAAAUAAUAAAAAAUGUAUAAGAUCUUGUUUUACAGUUACAAAUAGUUUUCUAGAAAAAAAGAAAAUGAAACUAUAUGAUAAUUUAAAAGUAUUACAAGAUAAAAGUACUGAUUUUUUAAGAAAGCUAGAUGAAGAAAGAACUAAUUAUAAAAAUUACUUGGAGAAAAAAAGGAAUGAAAUACAACAUAUGAUUAAAUUAAGUAAUAAAAAUGCAGGAUUGGCUUUAGAUUAUUAUGUUGAAAAAUUAGAAUCUUUUAGAAGUUUAUUUUUUACAAAAGAUAAUUUAGUAGAUAUUCCAAAAAAAUUAGAAAUUCCUCACUCUAUGAUCAAAUCGGAAAAUUUACCUUUGUUAAUUGAAAAGUUAGAAUCUGAAAUUUUGAAUUUAAAAAAAAAUAUUACUAGUACAUCUCAUAAUAUAAGAAAUCAAUUUCAAUAUUUGUUUAGUUCUAAUAUUGAAAUUCCUAUAUAUCCAGCACAUUUCCAAAAUUUUUUACAAAAAAGAACAUUCAAUAAAGAAAAAGAACCUUUAAAUAAACUCAAAAAAAAACAACAGUAUUUUCAUAUACUUCCUUUUACAGAUUUCUAUAUGAAUAUUAAAAUAACUUAUCAACAAAAAUUUAUGAGAAAAGACCCUUUGCAUCAAAAAUGGGAACUUAGAACUAUAUCCAUUCGUUCAAUCUAUAUGUGCAUACAUUCUCAUCAUAAUGAUAUAGAUUAUGAUCAUUAUUAUGAUCACAAAAAUAUAUUAAUUGAUAAUCAAAAUAAAAUAAAAGACAAUAAUUUUUCAUCAAUUGAAAAGGAAAAUAAUGAAAAUAAUACAAAUAAUUUAAAUGAAAAAGAAACCACUACUCAUCAAUUUAUAAAAAGCGGAGAUGAAAGUCAAUCUAUAACAAAAAAGGAAGAAAAAGAAGAAUAUAAAGAAAAAAAUAAAAAUCAAAGUUUUCAUAAAAAUAUUGUAAACAAUUUAAGUAAUGAUAUAGAAUCAAUUAUAAGCCUCAGCAAUGUAAAUAUUAAAACUUUUAAUGAUCCUGAUAUUACAAAUAUAACCAUUUUAGAAAAAAGAAAUUAUCCAUAUGGAAUAGAAUUAACUGAAUAUAAUGAAAAAAAUGAUUUAGUCGGUUAUUGGCUUUUAACAAAUGAAAAUGAAAGUGUAAUAAAUGAAUUAUUUAAUAUAAUAAAUAAUAUAAAAAAAGAUAAUACAAAAUCUCCUAUUAUCCCUUCUUUUCAUCCCAAAAUUAAUAUGAAUAGUCCCUUCUUUAAUUAUCAUGAGAAUAACAUAAGUACAAUUUAUAAACAUUUUUCUGCAAACAUUAUUGAGGAAUCUUAUAUGGAUCAUUUUAAAAAUAAUUUAAAAUAUUAUGAAGGAAAAUAUUUAGGUAAAAAUAAGAAUAAAGGAUAUAGCAUAGAUACUUUGUGCGGAAGUUAUAUAAAUGAUAAUUUAAAUGAUGAUAUUUUUCAAAAUUCUAGCUUACUAUAUGCUUAUGAUUAUUUCAAUGAUUCAAAAUAUUCAAAAAGUUUAAAUGAAAUAAGCGCAGAUGAUUUUACGAAUGAGUCAAGUAUAUCCAAAUUAUAUGAAAAACUUAAAAAAGAGAAUGAUGCAAAUUCAUUAGAUAGUUCUACUUUUUCUAAAAAUAAUCAACACAACAAAUUAACUCAAUUGAAAAGAAACAAUUUACAAGAAGAAUCUAUUUUUAUGAGUUCAAAGGAAUAUAAUAAUAAUUCUCUUAAAGAAUUGAGAACUGAAGAUUUUAAUUUAACAUACAAUUUUAAACAGGCGAAUAAAAAUAUUUCAAACAAGGAAGAUUAUAAUGCUACUAUUUUGAGAAAAAUAGAAGAAAAAAAUGAAAAAAAUAGUAAAUAUGAUCGUGAUAUAAAUAUAGACAUUGUAAAACGAAAUUUAAUAGAUGAAGGAAAACAUUUACUUCCAUUAUAUUCUGAGUCCAAUAUUUUAAAUAAUUAUAAUUUAUCAGAUAUUUGUAGUAAUUAUGUAAAUAUAGAUGAGAAUGAUGAUGAAACAAAAAUGGAAAAAAAUAACUUUUUUAAUAGUACCACCAAAAAUACACAUGUUCUAAGUGAUAAAAAAAUAAAUAAUAUAAUUUAUAUAAAAAAGGAAACUGAUUUUACUGAUAUUUCAAUACCUAAAAAUAAAACAGAAGAAAUUGUUAAUAACAAUUCAUCUGCUAGUAAUAAUGAUAGAGAUAAGAGAAAUGAAGUAAAAAAUUAUGAGUUACAAAAUAGCAAUAAUACUUCAAGUAAAUAUGAAGAAAGAACAUGCUAUUCUAAAAAUAAUUUAAAAAAUGAAAACAAUUUGGAUAUUUAUAAUGACACCUUAAAAAACAUUACAUAUAAUUCAUCUAAAAAUUCCUAUACAGAAUGCAACAUAAAAGAUAGUAAAAUACAGGAAGACAAUAAAAUGAAUGUAAAUAUAAACUCAAAAAAUAAUUUAUUAUAUUAUAUGAAUAGUUUAAAUAAAAGUGGAAAGUUAAAUGAUGAUGAGAAUAUAAAAGUAAAUAAUAUUUCUAAUGUAAAUAGUUAUAUCAAUAAAUAUGAUAAUAAUAAUGAUAAUAAUAGUAUUACAAAACAUGAAUUAAAUCCUAAUAUUUUUUUUGAUCAACCACAAAAUUCUGAUAAUAACAAUGGGAUUAAAAUGGAUAAAAAUAAUAUAAAUCCUUCAUAUAAUACUGAGUUAGAUAGAAAAACACAUAUAGAAAAGUUAACUACGGAAGAUAGCAAUUCAUGCGAUAUUAAAGAUCUUAAAAACAUAAUAACUACUAAAAUAAAUCAUCUGGAAUUAUUAACUAAUAAGUAUUUAACCAAUCGUAAGAUAUCAACAAAUUCUUAUUAUAAUGUAAAGGAUGAAAAAAAUGAUGUGUAUAAUAAUAGCUAUGAUAAAAAUAUGAAGACUACAGAUUUGCUUAAAUUAGAUGAAGUUCAGGAGUUUUUACAAAAAUUAAAUAAUUCAGAUAAUGAUUAUAAUGAUAUUAAUUCAAAAAAUAUAUUAAAAAAUGAAACCUUAAAUAAGAAAAAAAAUAAUGAAAUUAGUAAUUCAUGUAACGUAAAUGAUGAAAAUAAUUUUGAAAAAGCUAAAAAUCAUAUUUAUAUUGAUGGAGUGACAAAUAAUGAUAAUUAUAAUGUGAAUUAUGUAAAUACUUAUAAUUCAUUAGAAAAGCAUGAUAAUAAACAUUAUGAUAAUGAUUAUUAUAAUCUUUGUGAUAAUGAAAAUAAAAAACGCAUUUACGAUAAUUGUAUAUAUUUCAAAAAUAAUGAGCAAGAUACAUAUAAUAACAAAAGUAAUAGCAUAAAGAGAGACAUUACCGAUGAAAGAAAUUUAUUAAACAGUAGUGAAAAUAAGAAUAAUACAUAUAUACUAAAAUAUAAUGAUAUGAAUCAUGAAGUAUGUAAAAAGAACAUGGGUACAAAUGAAGAUAUGCAAUGUGAGAAUAUACAAAAUAAUUCAACUAGUUCAAAUAGUAAUUAUAUUAACGUUGAAAAUAAUAAAUCUUUAAAUCUUCAUAAAGAUAAUAAUUUUAUAAAAAAAGAUAAAUUCAUUCAAAGAGAUAAUGACACAUAUAACAUAAGUGAAUAUGACAAUAAAAUUUAUUUAACAAAUAAAAAAAUGUGUAACUCAAAUAAUGCAAAUUAUUUAAAUAAUAUGAAUAAUUCACAUAAUGAAGAAAAUGUAAAUGAAUCAUACAAUUUGAAUAAUUUAAAAAAUAUAAAUGAAAAUCUUAAUGAUAAAAAUGAUAAAAUGAUGAAGAGUUAUAUUAUAAGUAAAAAUAAUAAUACAUGUAAUAACAAAUUAGACAACUUGAAUGAUAAAGAAGAAGAAGAAAAGACAGUCCAAAAUAUAAAUGAUGAAAAUAAUACUUUUAAUAUGAGUAACCAAGAUUUAUUACUUUGUAAUUCACUGCAGGAUAAUAGCAAUGAUUUAUUAUUCAAAGUAAAAAGCAAAGAGGAUAUGGGGAAAAUAAAAUAUUCACAAAUAAAGAGUAGUUUUAUUGAAGACAAAAAAGUAUCUUUAGAAAGUGACAAAAAUAAUGAAAAUAAUUUUAAAAGUAUAAACAAAUAUGAAAACAAAAAUUUUGAAUCUUUUCAAAUAAAUGGGAAAACAAAAAUGACUAAUGAUUUGAAAAAAAUUCAAGAAAAAAUAGAAAGUAAAGUAAAGAAAUACAAACUUGAAAUUAUAGACAAAAAUAAAGCUCCACCUUCAAAAAAAAAAAAAAAUAAUUUCAAACAUGCUAAAACAAAAAAGAUAGAAAUAAGUAAUGAUAAUUCUACUAAUGUUAUAAAUAAAGUACUAAGCCAAAUAGGCAAUAAAAAGUUAGGUUCAUAA